UCAUUUGACGAGUGUGUGGCCAGGGACGGCGAUGACUGUGACCCGGAGAACUUGUGGGUACAGAUACCUUACUUCUGCGGGCACCAUGCUGACUGUUGGGAGCCGGGGAAUCAGUGGGCUUUGGAAGAAGCUAAACACAACCUCCUGCACCAUUAUUUGCUGGUUGGGAUCACAGAAGAACUGAAGGAUUUCCUCGCAGUUCUGGAAGUUACCUUGCCACGCUUUUUUCGUGGUGCCACACAGCUUUAUGCUGAAGGUCGGAGGUCACACUUAAGGAGGACAGCUAAAAAAGUACCCACAAAACCAGAAACGAUUGAGAAAAUUCAGCAGUCACCAAUCUGGAAAAUGGAAAAUGAGUUUUAUGAAUUUGCUGUUGAUCAUUUUCAUUAUAUAAAACAUCAGACAUUCGAAGUUGUUAACGGGGAGAUUGUGGAUAAGGAAAGGAAGUUUCAGUAUGAAAAAAUUUGGCCGAGGUAG